AUGGCAAACGAGAUGGAAUCCCAAGCCCGAAAGACGUGCACGUCAAUAUUCGAUGCCGCCACCUACAUUCUACCGGAUGCUAUCUUUGCCUUAACUGAAGAAUACCACAAGGAUAGGUAUCCAAAAAAGGUGAAUCUUGGUCAGGGAACAUAUCGGGACGCUUUUGGGAAUCCAUGGGUUUUGCCCUCUGUUCAGACAGGUCGCGAGAAGCUAGCAAGCCAGGGUCUCAAUCACGAGUACCUUCCAAUCCUGGGACAUGAAAAAUUCAGGUUGGAGGCCACAAAAUUAGCUUUGGGAGAUCAACUCUUCGCGAGCCUCAGAGAUCAGGUCGCAGUUUGUCAAAGUGUUUCCGGGACAGGCGCUUUGCAUCUCGCAGGAUUAUUACUUCGACGUGGCUGUAAGGAGCGACCGACCGUAAUAAUUCCCACCCCCACCUGGUCGAAUCAUCGCCAAGUCUUCUCCUCUCUCGGUUUUGAUUGUCACCCAUUCUCUUACUAUGACGAGGCCAAGAAACGUAUCGAUUGGGAAUGCUAUUUGGACACUUUGAAGAGAGCUCGGUCUGGGUCUGUGGUAAUCCUGCACGCAUGUGCUCAUAACCCAACAGGAUUUGAUCCAACGCGCGAGAAAUGGAUCGAGAUUGGAUGUGUUGUUAAAAAUCGCGGUCUUUUCCCCUUGUUUGACGCCGCAUACCUUGGAUUCAACUCUGGAAGCAUUGAUGACGAUGCAUUCUCCAUCCGUCAUUUUACUGCAUUGGGGAUUGAGGUUGGGGUAUGCUUGUCAUUCGCCAAGAACAUGGGUCUUUACGGCGAGCGUGUGGGCUGCCUCUUCAUCGUUUCCCAGAACGUGGCGAUCGCUAGAAACGUGCAGUCAGUUCUUGAAAUGUUACAACGCUCGGAGAUCUCAAACCCCCCGGCCUAUGGUUCAAAGAUUGUCGCCACGAUCCUGGAGGACGAAGCUCUGAGACGUAUGUGGUAUGAGGAUCUCCGAACAAUGAGUCUGCGGAUCAAGUCAAUGAGACAGGCCCUCUACGAACAUCUCAUCCAAGCCGGGGCGCCCGGCCUGUGGGAGCAUCUCAUCCAACAGACCGGGAUGUUUGGAUUCCUGGGUCUCCCGCUAGAGACUGUCAACCGUUUGAAAGAACGCCACCAUAUUUACAUGGCUUCCAACUCCAGAAUCUCCAUUGCAGGCCUAAAUCCCAACAACGUACAAUAUGUAGCUGAGUCCAUUGCGAAGUGCUUGAAGUCAAGCACAAUUUAA